AUUCAUUCAACAAAUAAGUGUUUGAAUUCAAAAAGUGCCUAUAAGAUAUUUUAAAUAAGUGUUAUUAAGCAUAUUUUAUACAAAAUGAUGAUACACGAGAAACUCAUGUCGGGACAGUUCCUAUUUGAUUUGAAAAAUGAACACAAUAACUUGUUGCAUGCAGCGAGCGCACAACACGCACGCCUCUCCGCACAUCAGCCCUUCCUUUCGCACCAUCAAGCCUACAAUACCAGCCAUCCGCUCACACAACAUGCGCUACACCAACAAACACACCCCGCUCUCCCACCAGCGGCAAUUGAGCAGCUCGAACUCUACUCCGCCUACGCUUACCAACAGCAGCAGCAGCAGCAACAACAAGCACAACAACUGAUUGGCAGCGCCGCACAGGCAGAAUGCGCCAGCCGCCACCAAUCAGCGAGUGAGGUGCUCGAUCUCUCGCGACGUGAUUCGGCUGAGACAACAAUGACGGUACGCAAAACGCCUUCACCGAGCGAGCUCGGUGCCGAAUCGCCAGCGGGAUCACCAACACAACAACAACUGUUGCAAACAAAUUUGCUUUACAAUGCACAACAACAAAUGGGACGUCUUGCACCACCGCUAGCAUCGUUGUAUCCAGCGUUUUAUUCUUCCAUCGGUUUCGCCAAAGAUGCCACUGCAACAACAACACCACCAUUAGCACCAGCAUCGGUGACACCACCGGCAUCAAACGCAUCGAUUUACACUGCUUCGCAGACUUCACCGAUUUCCAAUAAUUCUUUGGCCGUUGCUUCCGCCGUUGCGGCUGCUGCCGCCGCUGCUGGCACAACGCCUAAUGGUAUGCUACACAAUUUGAAGACCGAAGAUGUGCAUAUGACACCACUCUCGCCCAGCUCCAGUCAUGAUGGGCGCAGCAAAUCGCCCACAAUACAAGCAGUCAACGCGGCCACCAACAGUCCAACCACGCCCAGCAGCAGCUCCGCAUUGAACGCACUGAAAUCGACGCGUCCCUUUAAGGCUUUCCCACGCGAUCCCCUAGUUAUAGCCGCAAAUUUCGCCGCCACCGAUGUCUUAUUAGACAAUCCGCGCGUCGAACGCUACACGGAAUACCGCAAACGCGUGUUGGAGCAAAUUCACAGCAGCAAUGGUGGCGCGCGCACCGUCACCAACCCGAAGAUGCGUCGCAUGAAUUCACGCCGUAACAGCAACAGCAGCAGUAAUGCACAAGAGGGGGCCAGCAGUGAGGGUGAGGAGCGACAUGGCGCUGGCGCCGAUGAGUCCAGCGAUUGUGAUUCCUCAUACACCGGUGGUCAAACAGACAAAGUGAGUUCCUCAGCACAUGCCAGCAAUGGCGAGGAUAACAAACUCAGCGCUGCCGGUAACAGCAGCUCGUCCGGUGGACAAUUGAAGGAUGCUGCCUACUAUGAGCGUCGUCGCAAAAAUAAUGCCGCCGCUAAAAAGUCGCGCGAUCGUCGCCGCAUCAAAGAGGAUGAGAUCGCCAUACGCGCUGCCUACUUAGAACGUCAAAAUAUUGAACUGCUCUGCCAAAUCGACGCACUCAAAGCACAACUGGCUGCCUUCACAUCGAAAGCCGUGAGUGCGUGAACGUGAGUUUCGCCGGCCGUCGUGGGGACAAAGGAAGAGAAGCAGGCAGGCAGAGUAGCGUUCAACGCAGCCGCAAACGUAAUCCAGUUUUUUAAUAGAAAAUGUCGAAAUUGAGAAGCUCUAAAGUUGUUGUUGUAAAAGUCUGAUUAGGGAAACGAGUACAAAAAGUUUUAUAUGUUGUGAUUC